AUAGUGGCAGGUGAAUGUUGAAGUUGUAAAUUAAACCACAAAACAAACUUGUUAUGAUAUUAUGUGUUCUUAAUUCUCUGCACAUAUACUUUAGUGUGUGUUCUUAAACAAAAGUAUUGGCCUUUAACCAAAAAGAUUAGCAAGAGAGUUUUGACUUUGCACUGUUCUUAGCUUCGAACUAAAAUGUAAUACGAGAUACCUCUGUUUUACUCUGAAUCUCAUGUUUUAUUUAUAGAAAGUAUUCAAAUAUCUCUCUCUUCUUUGAUAACUGGUUCAAAAUUAGACGUUUAUAUAAUUUAUACAUGGGUAUUAUGAUUUACAAAAAAAUAUGCGUUAAGUUUUGACACAUUGCAAAUCUAGUUUUAUAUCCAUUGGUUGUGAACUUGUGAUUAAAAGAAAUCACACAUUUAAAGAAAAUAAUUUCAAAUGAUGAACUAAUGUGAUAUUUCUUUCUUUGCCAACUUGUUAAUUUGUUAUAUAAGAUCUGCUAUUUCAUCACAAUUUAAUGAUUGAAAUGUGCUUAUUCAGUAAAUAAUCUCCAAAAUUAAUGUUGAUAUUGUUACUUAUCCUUUAUAUAUUUUGUAGAUAUUGAUCUCGACAAAAUAAGAACUAUUUAACAUUUAAAAAUAUGUUACACAAAAAAUAUUAUAACCAUACAAUGCAAAGAGUUAAAAAUAGCAAAUCUUUUUGUUAAUUAAGAUAUACUUUAAUUAUUAGUUACUCAUUUAGGUCAAUGAUCAUUAUGUUUCUUAAAUACGUUACUCUCCUUUAAAUAUUGAUAUACUUAUUGCAUGAUACUUUCGAUACAUGAAUAUCUGAUAUAGUUUAUUUCCUAACUUAAUUUCUGAUUCAUAACACUUAAGUAUAACAAUCUAAAUUCUAAUGUAAAAAAAAAAGCUUCCUUCUGACUCUUUCGUUUCUUCUUCUCUGGUUAUGCAUCAUCUGCAACGUUGUCCACCCUAGAAGGUACAACGGAGCUGCAGGUUAUGGUUUGCACAAUUGAGAAUGCUGCUGUCCACGGAGCUGCAGUUAUGGUUUACAUAAUAAUGAUAGUUCUCAUAUUUAUUCUAAUUUAUAUUGUCUGCAAAAGACGUAGCUUGAGAUCCAAGACUCACGUGGAAGGAGAAUUCAAGAGUUUAGAUCCUAUGAUUAACUCUUUCUCUCUGAGGCAAAUCAAAGCAGCUACAAACAACUUUGAUACUGCAAACAGGAUUGGAGAAGGUGGCUUUGGUCCUGUACACAAGGGAAAGUUGCCUGAUGGAACAAUAAUCGCGGUGAAACAGCUUUCUACGGGAUCAAAACAAGGGAACCGCGAGUUCUUGAACGAGAUUGGCAUGAUCACAGCUCUGCAUCACCCAAACCUAGUCAAACUAUAUGGAUGUUGUGUUGAAGGAGACCAGCUUUUGCUAGUUUAUGAGUAUGUGGAAAACAACUGCCUUGCUAGAGCAUUGUUUGGUCCUCAAGAAACUCAGCUGAGAUUGGAUUGGCCAACAAGGAGGAAGAUCUGUAUCGGUGUAGCGAGAGGACUAGCAUAUCUCCACGAGGAGUCAAGGAUAAAGAUUGUGCACAGAGACAUCAAAGCUACUAAUGUGUUGUUAGACAAGGAAAUGAACUCGAAGAUAUCAGACUUUGGUCUUGCCAAGCUUAAUGAAGAUGACAACACUCACAUUAGCACUCGAGUUGCUGGAACAUUUGGUUACAUGGCUCCAGAGUACGCGAUGAGAGGCCACUUGACGGAUAAAGUUGAUGUAUACAGCUUUGGUAUUGUAGCUCUAGAGAUUGUUCAUGGAAGAAGCAACAAGAUAAACCAAUCUGCAUCCAAUUACAACACUCCCUACGUUAUUGACUGGGUGACAAUCUUGAGGGAGCAGAACAAUCUGUUGGAGCUGGUGGAUCCGAGGCUAGGAUCAGAUUACAACAGAGAAGAAGCAUUGACCAUGCUUCAUGUGGUGAUACUGUGUACAAGUCCUGAUCCGAGUGAUAGACCAUUGAUGUCUGAAGUGGUGAAGAUGCUGGAAGGUAAGAAGAUGGUGGAGUUGGAGAGGCUUGAAGAAGCUUCAGAGUAUAGAGAGACGAAGAGACUUGAGAAUAUGAACACUAUGAAGAAGUAUUAUGAAAUGAUAGGGAGCGAGACUAGCAUGACCAUGACCAUGACCUUGACUGAUCAAACUACCUCGUCAAAGCAUUAAUAUCAAGAUGAAACCCCAAAAGGCUGUCUUUAGAGUUUGAGUAACAAUCUGAGUUCUUAGGUACAUGUCAGAGAGAGACAAAUGGGAAUGUUUUUCAAAGUGUUAAACAGACAAAAGCAGAGGAUCCUAAUGUAACUACUUACACACAAGAUUUACAUUUUUUUUUUGCUUUGGCUUCUCACUUUCUUUUGGUCUUUUCGAAAUGGUAUUGAUCCUUCAUCAACUUUCUUCCACCAAGUUGGUAGGCUCGCUUAGA